AUGAAUAAAUCGAAACUGAAAACUGUUGAGCAAACUGGCAGUGGAACGCCUGAGAGUACAAUAUCAAAAACAAGCAAUAAGUCAGGAUCGAGAAGCGCUAACUCGUCGAAACUUGUAACGCCGAGAGGAAGCGAUAAAUCAGGUAGCAAAAGGGUUAGCUUGUCAAAGGAUGGAACACCAACAAGCACCAACAGUUCACAACUGAAUGAUUUUCACUUAUCUGGGAGGGAACUCCCUGGAGCGAUCGACAAUUCAAACCUAAAUAGCGUCGUAAUAAAAAAUGAAACGCCGGCAAGAAGCGAUGAAUCAGCAAGCGCUAACCGGUCCACAAACGGAACAACUGAAGAAACUGAUAAGUCAACAUCAAAAACAACUGAAAACGGUAGAAUUUCAACCGAACCGACAACAUUAACACUCACAAAAGAAAUAACUGAGGAAUUAAAGCCAAUCGUCAUCGCCGAAAUGAAGCGAUAUGCAGAAAAACUGCGACGAAUACGUCAAUCUUAUGAGGCCAAAUUGGAUAAUGCGAUGCGUGAAAGGGAAGGUGAGGCUCUAAAUAUCAAUCAUCAACAACAGGUUGAGAUUGAUCGGUUGAAGGAAGAGUUGAAUUCUCUAAAAGAGAAGAAUCGUGAAGCUGAGCAGUCGUCUAGCGAACUGAAUCAUAAAAACAAUGAACUGAAGAUGACGAAUUUGAAAUUAAUGAAGGCGAUUAGUGUGAAGGAGGAAGCACUUGCAAUGCUGGAAGAAAAGAUUUAUUCUUUGAGUGAAACCGCUCUCGGAAGACGGCCAAACACUUUCAACUGUUAUGAUGAUGGUGAUAAUGACGUGAACACCGAGUCUAACAUCGAAAAAAGUAAUGAGGAGUGUCUGCGAAGGGUUCGUCAACUAGCUAAUGAUAUGGAUGUGAUCAGUACUAAAGUGCAGACGAUUAUGACCAGUUCUGCUGGGAGCGUUGAUGGUGAUACGGAAGGUUUGCGUGAUGCAAUGAGCAACGAAAUUUUACAUUUGAAAGAGAAAUUGGCCGAGUGGAAAAAAGACAAUGAAAAAGUGCGAGAGGAUCGUGCAGAACUGCAGAAAAAGCUUGAAGAGGUGAUUCCAGCUGCGCAAAAAAUACUCGAUGCAUUAUUGGAUUCAAAAACGCUUGUCACCAAGCAAGUUGAUUCGAACAGUGACAAUUCAAUAGCUGCUUCAUAUUCAGAAAUAAAUAAUCUAUGCGAUAAGAUCAGUAAACGAGUUAAUUCAAUAACGAAUUCAACAAAUCAGUGCAAAACAACGACGACUGAUAAGUUAAAUAAUGCUGCACCACAAACCAAUGCUAUCACGACGAAAGAGGAAGGUGAACGACAAGACAAUUAUGAAGAGUUGCUGAAUACAAACAAAGCAGCUGAAGACUUGAAUCCGUCGCGAGAAGGUCCUUGUGUUUCAGCGAAUCUUCCUUCGAGAAUUAAACCGAUGAUAUCAGGACAAAAUAAAUUAGUUUUUGGAGGUGUGAUUCGAACGAAGAUUGUUCAAGAGGCUGUUGCAUCAACUUCACAAUCGAACAACGGUCAAUGCGCUGCCGUGCGAAGAGUGCUUGUGAUCGAUUCCAGUCCUACUAGAAGUUGUAACCAAAUGAAGUCACCACAGAAGAGGAAGGUUUGCAGUAAUGUAGCAGCAAAACCGAAACGAACAAGAAAUGUAAAAAAAGACACAGCUGGGUCGUCGAAUGUACAUCGUACUGAUAUCAACAAGCCACCGUCAACAGCACAUGACAACCAAACAAAUAUUACAAAUUUUUUCGAUGAUGCAAAUUUAUAG